ACUUUCAAUAAGAAAAACCUUCCCAAAACCUCAAAAUCAAAUUUGUCUCGAUUACCCCCCCAAAAGCCCCUCUAACAACAAACCUAAAAAAAAAAACCACCCAACUAAUAAAACUGUCAAAUUUCGUUAAAUUCGUACGUGUGCGCUUGUGUGUAUCGCCACCAACAAAAAGGGUUGAGCGAAGAAAAAAAAAACAAAAAAUCGUUUUCUUAAUUUUGCCACCAAAAGUAAGAAUUUAUUUUCUCGCUUUUCCGUUUAUUAUUAAAGUAAAAAUAUAUAUUUUUGAAAAAAUAUAAACUUUUCAAUGAAAAACUCACGUGAACGGUGCACUUUGGGUGAAGUGAAAAGAUUCAAGUGAUUGGGAACAUUUACCUACUAUUUUUUUUUUUUGUUCUUGUGGGGAAAAUUUUUUCUCAGAUGUCAGGUGGAGGUGGUGGCGUAGAACACCAUAUUGUCAUUAUAAAUCCCGCAACCACACCGCACGGACAUUCUGCGGAGCUUGUUAAAGCAGAAUACGCCACUGAUAUUGAAUCGCAUCCCCAUAAUCUGCAGCAAAAUCCACAGGGUUUUCAUAAUUCGCGUUUCGAUUACAACUACUCGUCAACUCUACUAAACUUGGACACUUAUCAAAACGUUAAAACACGUACCAGAUGGAAUGAAUCGCCGGAGGCUAGAGAAAGACGCUUAGCCAGAAACGCAGCCAGAAUGAGAGACAAACGUUCGAAGGAGAGCGACGAUGAAUAUAAAGCCCGUUUGGCGAAAAACGCUGAAGCUAAUCGCGUGCGACGCCAAAAUGAGAACGAAGUACAAAGAGCCCUAAGACUGAUGAAAAAUGCAGCGAGACAACGGUUAAGGAGGGCAAGCGAAACACCGGAGGAGCGCGUCAAGAGGUUAGCAAAGGCAGCAGAGCGAAUGCGUUUGGCUCGAGCUAAUGCACCGAAAAUCGACAAACCACCUUUGGCGGAUCGCCUGAAAGGUUACUAACCGCAAGUGCAAGUGCAUCUGAAGUUGCACAAAAUUGCAGCAGCCAGCGCCUUUUAGUGGUUUUCAACACAAAUUAACAGUAAUUCUUAAGAGUGUAACAAAAACAAAAAAAAUAUAUAAAAAUAUAGAAAUUAAGAAGUAUUAUAUCUAAUCUAAUCCCAAAAUAAUUGGUCUAGUCUUGUAUUCUUUGGCAAGCUAUAGUAUCUCCCUCACACUUCUUGCGAUAUUGUUCCUUAGUUGCCCAUAACUCCCUAGUCCCCAUCUAAAUCGUUUGUUGAACAAAAUUUGUAUUUUAUGUUUUUAUCAUGUUUAUUAGAAAUAUUUAGUAUUAAGAAUAACAUAAUAAAAUAUCUUAAGAACUUGAACACAAAAAAUUGCUUUUUUA